AUGAAGACAACAUUACGAGCUCAAGGCUGGUGUAUCAGCGAUGAAGGACUGGCUACGCUGCAAGAGCAAGUAGGGCCUGAAGCCACGAUCGAUGACAUUGUAGCAACAGCUCUCGAUCUUGAUCUACGUCAAAUCGGCGGUGACCCACCUAGUAUCAAGGGCAACACAGAAUUGGCUGGUCCUCUGGUGCUUGAGUUGCUCGAAGUACGCAAUGUGGCAAUGCCUAGUACGCACCAAGUCGAGAAACCACGUCUGUUUCGCGUGACAUUUACUGCUGGUGGAAAAAAGAAGUUCACAGGUGUCGAGUUUUUGGGUCCUGUUGAUUGCAUCACGCUUAUGACACCUCCUGGAUCCAAGUUCAUGGUCACCAAACCUAUCCAAAUCAGGGAACAACUGCUGCUUCUUGGACCAGGGAUGCUUAAACCCCUUGGUGGACAUGUACAAGAGAUGGUGCAUGCUUGGAGAUCUGGUAAACAAUUUGUUAAGCGGUUCCGAGGCAAGCAGAUCAAUGAUGAGAGUGGUGAACAAGAUGCUGGUCCACCUCCGUUUGUGCCAUUCAAGAUUGAUACAAAGAGAGCCAUCAAUGAGAGACGUCAACCAAAGGAUAAGGAACGUGGUGCCAAAUCAUCUGGUUCAGCAUCUUCUACCAAAGGUCAACGACAAGAGAGCAAGAAGGACAAUGCACGAUCCAAAGACAAAAAGAAGGAGCGAGAAGCUGGUGCUGGUAAAGAUGAUGGCUCUACCAAGAAAAAGGACAAGGACAAAGAUCGACCACGCAAGGAUAAGAGCAAAAAGAAGGCUUCGACAGGGGAUGGAAAGGCACCAAACAAUGGAGACAAACAACCUGAUAUCAACAAAGGCAAAAAACAACGACCAUCCACAAAACAUGACGAUUCUCAGCCAUCCAACACUGCUCAAUCAAAAGAAAGUAGCGGCAAACCAAGAGAAAAGAGAGGUGAUAAGCCAAGACGUAAAGACAAUGAUCAACGCAAACAAGGACCAUCAUCUGAAGGAGCUCAACCAGAAAAGGCAAACAAUGGUGACAAGCCAAAAGAGAGGAGGAAGCCAAAUCGCAAGCCCAAAGAUACCACAACCACAACCACAACCACCAACAAUGAUGAUACGAAGCGACCUGAUGCACGACCCAAGAAUGAGGAUAGCAGGAAACGAGGAAAGCCAUCACCAUCAAAAGAACGACAAAAGGCAUCUGAUGAUGGCAACAGCAAACCUAGUAAUAGACGCCGACCCAACCAAAGGAACAAUAGUAAAAAGGAUAAGGAUGAUGGUAUUGAAAACAAAAAAUGA